UUUUGGAAAAUUUCAACAAAACACAUGCCUGUAAUGGGUAGAAUCUUAUUAUUAAACGACAUUAUCACUAACUCAUGUUGCUUCAACGUGCUUUCCUCUCGAAUCUCUCUGCCCUUUUUAUCUCAUCAUCCUCAUUCUCACUCUCACACUCACACUCUUGGUCCAAGUCUCCUCACUGUCCGCACUUCCGUUUCUAUCUCAGCUAAACAACUGUCCACAUCUCUAGCCAUGGAUAGUUCUAAGGCUGACACCCCUAAGGAAAUUCCCUCGGGGUUAGACUCAUCCACUGAAGAAGAAUAUGCUUCCCAAUCCAAGUUGCUUCAAGAGUUUGUUAAUAUCUCUACCAUUGACAAGGCGUGGACUUUUAAGUCGGGCAAUGGAAUAGGCACACAGGCAAUUUUUUCAAUUAGCCAACCAAAUCUUUUGGCUAACAAGAAGAGGAAGUUUAUGCUAUCUACUGCUAUUUCAAAGGAAAAUAGUAAUUCUGUAAACUUUCAAUGGGCCCCAUUUCCUGUUGAGAUGACAGGUGCAUCUACAAUUGUUCCAUCACCUUCAGGUUCAAAGCUUCUUGUAGUAAGGAAUCCAGAAAAUGAAUCUCCUACUCAUCUUGAAAUCUGGAGUCAAUCUCAGUUGGAAAAGGAAUUCCAAAUCCCUCAAACUGUGCAUGGCUCUGUAUACGUUGAUGGAUGGUUUGAGGGAAUAUCUUGGAACUCUGAUGAAACUCUUAUUGCUUAUGUUGCCGAGGAACCAUCUCCUCCAAAGCCAACAUUUAGUAUGGGCUACCAGAAAGCUGGUUCCUCGGAUAAGGAUUGUGGUACCUGGAAGGGUCAAGGUGAUUGGGAGGAGGAUUGGGGAGAAACCUAUGCGGGAAAGAGGCAGCCUUCUCUUUUCUUAAUCAACUUUGACAGUGGAGAAGUACAAGCUGUAAAAGGAAUUCCAAAAUCUUUGAGCGUUGGGCAAGUUGUGUGGGCUCCAUCAACUGAAGGCUUGUCCCAAUUAUUGGUUUUUGUUGGGUGGCCAUCAGAUUCAAGAAAGCUUGGUAUAAAAUAUUGCUACAAUAGGGCAUGUGCAUUAUAUGCAGUCAGGGCAUCACUUUACAAAUCAGAAGGCAGUGAGCUCGAACUCAAAGAUAGCUCCUGUAAAGAUUUUCCUGUGGUUAACUUAACUCAAACCAUCAGCAGUGCCUUCUUUCCACGAUUCAGUCCAGAUGGAAAGGUCCUUGUGUUUUUAUCUGCAAAAUGUUCUGUGGACUCUGGUGCGCAUUGUGCAACAAAUUCACUUCACAGAAUUGAUUGGGCCGCCAAUGGAAAGCCGUCUACAUCUGAUAAAAUUAUUGAUGUGAUUCCAGUCGUGCAGUGUGCAAAGGAUGAUUGCUUCCCAGGGCUUUAUUGUUCAGAUAUCCUAAGUAAUCCAUGGCUUUCUGAUAGAUGCACUCUGAUUUUAUCUUCCACCUGGGGUAGUAGUCAAGUAAUAAUUUCAGUGAAUGUGCUGAGUGGAGAGUCAUUACGCAUUAGCCCCACUAAGUCAAAUUUUUCAUGGAAUGUUCUUACACUAGAUGGGGACAAUAUUAUUGCUGUGUCUAGCAGUCCAGUAGACAUUCCUCAAAUCAAAUACGGUUAUCUUGUUGAGAGUGCAAAUAAGAAUGGUGCAUGGAAUUGGUUAAAUGUAUCAAGCCCCAUCUUUAGAUGCUCUGAGAAGGUUAGAUCAUUGCUCUCAUCCCUGAAAUUCAGUAUUAUGAAAAUUCCAGUGAAGGAUGUUUCUGCUAACCUAACAGAAGGUGCCAAAAAACCGUUUGAAGCUAUAUUCGUCUCUUCUAAUUUUAAGAGAGAUAGCGGCUGUGAUCCACUAAUUGCAGUCCUUCAUGGGGGCCCACAUUCUGUCUCAUUGUCAAGCUUUUCAAAGUCCUUGGCUUUUCUCUCUUCAAUUGGUUUCAGCUUGUUGAUAAUAAAUUACAGAGGGUCACUAGGAUUCGGUGAAGAAGCAUUGCAAUCCCUUCCAGGGAAAGUUGGAUCCCAGGAUGUAAAUGAUGUACUCACUGCUAUAGAUCAUGUUAUUGAUAUGGAACUUGCUAGCUCCUCUAAAAUAACUGUGCUUGGCGGCUCCCAUGGAGGCUUUCUAACUAGUCACUUGAUUGGCCAGGCACCAGAUAAGUUUGUUGCAGCUGCUUUAAGGAAUCCUGUUUGCAAUCUUGCACUGAUGGUUGGUAUAACAGAUAUCCCUGAAUGGUGUUAUGUGGAAUCUUAUGGAAGCAAGGGGAAAGAGAGCUUUACAGACUCACCUUCAGCUGAGCAUUUGACUCUCUUUUACAGCAAGUCUCCUAUAUCACACGUCUCAAAGGUCAAAACACCGACCCUCUUUCUUUUAGGUGCUCAGGAUCUCCGUGUUCCAUUUUCUAAUGGCUUGCAAUGCGCACGGGCACUAAAGGAGAAAGGAGUCGAAACCAAAGUCAUUUUGUUUCCCAAGGAUGUUCAUGCAAUUGAAAGGCCACAGUCGGACUUUGAAAGCUUCCUCAAUAUUGGAGUGUGGUUCAAGAAGUAUUGUAAAUGAGCAGGCAUUUGACUUGUCUCAUGCGUUGCUGAUCUGUGCGGGAUGAAUA